CUCUGACUUUGGCUGCCUCUUGCCGGGCCUAUAGCGGUCCUCAGAGAGCCAGAGAGGUCUCAGUCUGACGAGGGUGUACGUUUCUCGAUCUGCCUCGGUGCGAUCACCCGCUUCCUCGCUGUAGCGGAUCUUCAAAGAUCUUCUGAGCCGAUGCAGUCUCGAACAAGCAGCGCCGCGGGAUCCGGACCAAUACUGAGACCACACGCACGCACAGCAUCAGACGAGCUCAAGCCAGUCUCGCUAGCGUCCAGCAUGGCACCUGCGCUCAACGGAGCGAGCAACAAUGGCGCUGCUAUGGGACUGAGCAGUAGCACUUCAUCACACGACGACAAUCUACAUAGGCGGCACAUUGCAGCCUCGAGCAGCUCCACCAAUCCAUCGACAGCACACCAGAGCACAAGCACGUAUACCUCAGGUCCAGGCGCGAGCUCAGCCAAUAGCGGUCUAUCGCCCGUGUUCGCCAACGCGCUGCGUAUCCUCUCUGCCCACCGAAGGCAGCUCGUGCUUGCCUUGGCCGCCAUCAGCGCAAGCUUGCUCUUGCUCAACAUUGUCGCGCCAGAUCACUUUGGCGUCUUUUGGUCCGGCACUGGUCUGCUAGGCAGGAAAGGCACAUAUCUGCCAGGCUACGGCUACCGAUCGGGCAGCUCGAGGCGACUUGAUGCUCACUUGCGAGCCAAAACACGCACACGAUCGGCCCUAGGCGGCGGCUCCGUCUCCUCGGUCACGCCAGCCAACUUCACGGAGGCGCCUCCCUUCACGUUCUGUCCGACGUUUGGCGAAUCAGACGAGAUUGGCCAGCUCUAUGGCUCAGAGAGUCUCAUGAAGACACGUGCGCAUGUCGGUAGCUCGGACAGAGUGCGCAAGGUCAUCCGACGUGCCAUGGCAGGCCUGCCUAUCACCAUUGGCGUACUCGGAGGCUCCAUCUCCGCCUGUCACGGCCUAGACGCGACUCAAGCACAUCCGCUCGGCAAUCCAGUCGGACCCAACUGCUAUCCCCAUCGACUCUUCUCAUGGCUCAACGAUGUCUUUCCUCAUCCCGCGAACGAGUUAACAAAUGGUGCCCUACGACGCACCAAUUCGGCCUACUUUGGCUACUGCUCGCAGAUGCACCUGCCCGAUCGCGUCGAUAUCGUCAUUGUCGAGUUCGACACCGAGGAUCCUCACGAUAAGAUCACCCUCACUUCGAUGGAUCUGCUGAUUCGGUCAAUACUCUUGCGACCCGACCAGCCAGCUGUGAUCAUGCUGGGUCACUUCAGCCCCCAGCUGCAGGGCGAGCACGGCUUCGCAGGACCGGAAGUGUGGCACAGUGCAGUUGCGCAGUUUUACGAUGUCGUGCAUCUCAGCGUCAAGGGCUUGCUCUACGAAGAAUAUCUCAUUAACCCGCAGAAAGUCCGGCAGUCAUAUUUUCUCGAUCCUGUGCUGGCAAACGCAAAGGGACAUGAGCUGCUAGCCGAUACCGUCAUCGGCUACCUCGAAGCCGAGAUCUGCACCGUUUGGGACCAUGCCGCCAUCGAAGCUGAAAUGGGAGGUGCUCCGAUGCCAUUCACAGGAUCAGGUCUUGCGGCAGCCGGUGCAGUAGCCGUCGGUGGAGGUGCAGAUGCACCAUCUGGCUUGCUCGGUGGUAAAGGGCUUCGCAAGGGCAGCGAUGCAGGUUUGGACGCGGAAGACGGCGCGACAUCACAGACUGGCUCGCGUGAUGCUUUGCGAGGCGCAGCUUUCUCGAGAAUACCCGCAUUCCGCAUACUAGACAAGCCGCAUACGAUUCAGAACUUCCGCGAGAUCAAGCCGAAUUGCGCCUCUGCUAAUGAUCUCAUCAAUCCUCUGCCAGCUUCCGUCUUUGCAGGCACAGGCUGGACUGCAGUCACGCCCAAACCCUCUGACGAGGACGAGCGACAUUACUGGUAUUCGGAGACGCCCGGAUCGAAGCUCAAGGUACCCAUCAAGGUCGGCGCCGGCGAAAUCGCUGUAUACUACCUGCAAGGGCCGGAAAGUGACGGCUGGGGUAAGCUCAAGUGCAACGUCGAUGACAACUACGGUGGAGCUGUCGAGCUCAAUGGCGUCAGCGAUUCGGGCAUCAAGCAGCCAAAGGUGACGAUCAUCGAUCGAGGCGUCGGCGCAGGAAGCCAUUUCGUGUUUUGCGAGUUACAAGGGCAGAUCAGUGUUGAUGUCGCUCGCUUCAAGAUAUACGGCGUCUUCUCCACAUGACACCAUUCACGCUCACUGAUAGAUAGCCCGGUGUAUAUGCAUUGGGUCAUACAGGAGUACCCUUGUGUGAGCGCGUUCUGGCUUGUCGCGUCGUCUGACUCGAGCUGGCAAACGGCUGUCACGCUCCUUUGCCCGCAGCUUUGACAGCCGUCUAUUGUGUUCUCCACAGAGGCAAAUGAUUGAUUAUUCAUGGCAGACUGACACUUCGAAGGGCGAAAAAUGGGCAGGUUGCAAUAGGCUUGUUAUUGAAGAUGGUCUGCUACAAAUAGUGAUUGAGGAAAAGGCGAAUGUUGGGAAUCGCAAAGCACUACGAUGACGAGAUGGAGACGCUGGCUGCUGUAAGUUGUGAUCUCAUUGCCGGUGUGGUCGGGAUCGCACAGAUCGUCAGAUGCAUGCCCACGACGCGCUAGC